AUGAUUUACGAAAAUUUGCGGCCCGGCCGUAACGAGAGGGAUGAGGUAGGCCAAGAUGUUGACAUGAUGGAGAGAGAGAUGGAGGCUGCCACAGACCCAGUGAACUCUCUCCCUGGCUGUGAUUCUGAUGAUUCCACUCUUUGGCUCUCAGAGUCAUGGAAAUAUAAUACAAUAAAACGAGCGCCAGACUUCAACUUUCUAGAAUUCGCAGCCUUUGGCUCAAAAGAAGAAAAGGUGACAGAAAAUAAAAACAAACAGCAAACAAAUCAAGAUAAAAAGCGAUUACGCAGCAGACUGCCGACUUUCGGCCGCAAACACAACAAAGAAAAUAAGGGUAAGGCAGACACCAGCUGUAUAACCCGCCAGGACACCCAGGAAUGGAAAUAUAAUAAACGAACUUACAAGCAUCCGGACGGUCCGGAGAGUCCCGCCAGUACACACAAGACAAAGAUAUCAAGGCCCUUGGCCAGUCAGACUAUCGUGAGAGGGGGAGGUGCACGUAGCAAGGAAUCCAGCCCAUAUUCUUCAGAUAAUGAAAGCAAAGCAUCGAGAAGUUCCCGUAUAUAUUCAAAAGACAUGUCGAGGAAUUAUGAAGAACAGAAACUUGCGUGUGGGUGGAGGGACGGUGGCAGCAGUUCAAGCAGUGUCUCAUCUGACACAUCAUCCUGUGUGUCACCUUUAAUCUCGCCCAGUCCCUCUUCUUGCUCCUACCAAUUGGAACAUCAUGACGUAGUAUCACCUUCAGCCUCACCUACUCUCUCUAAGAGACACUCUUACCUAAACGGCGAUGAGGAAGUUUCUCCCGUGCGGUCAGCUGAUGUCCCAAAGACAGCUCAGCGUAGUAAGAACUCCUUAGAGAAAGUUUCCACCAUUGUGGAACAAGAGGAAGAGGCGCGAGGAGAGGGGUGGGUAGGCCGCCCCUCGAGCCACGCCCACAACCUCCGUAAAAGAGACUCAGGAGACCAUCACGCCUCCAAUAGACCAACUCAACCCCCAGACCCUUCAGAGCAAGGGCAGAACACAUCUUCCACACGCACUAGUUGCCACCAUACCCUUCAAGGCGCCAGCAGCCAGCAGCUCCGCCCCCAGCAGCAGACCAAUGCCCAGGGCACCAGCAGAAAGUACACCCACCCACAGGACACCGAGGAGACAUCGCAAGACGUGAGGGAGGAGCCUGAAGGGGAGUUGUGGAGGCAGGGGCAGCCCGGAGACACCCUCCACCACAACACCACCACCACAGCAGUCCCCUACCACACCACCACCACCACCACCACCACUGCUGCCUCCAACCAUGAUUCCUUCUGGGAGUUGUGGCACCCCAGGCCUCCAUCCCCCUCCCCCUCCUGCCCCCCGCACGAUGAGGUGAACUGCAGCAAGGUGCCUUACCAAUACCAGAGUUUGCCGCAGCUACACGCCCACGCCCACCUGAGAGCCCAAACCCACGUCCACCCCACCACCAACCAACCUCCGGCUCCAAGCCCCAACACGCCCUGGCUCCCUCUGUCUGCGCUCGGACAAAUUAAACAGGAAACACCUUUGCGGACGUCUACUUGUUUCUCCAAAGAGGGGAAACUCUCACAGAUUCCUGACGUGGGCCCCAAACAGGAGGCCCGAUCACAAGCACUUACUGUUGCCUCCGAAAAGGAGACAAAAUCUCAAAGUCCUACUGUUGACUCCAAACAGAAGAACCGGUUACAAGCUCUUACUGUUGGUUUUAAGCAGGAGACACAACCACAAGCUCCUAUUGUUUGCCUAAAACAGGAAGCCCGGCAACAAGCUCUCACUGUUGGCUACAAAAAGAUACAAUCACAAGUUGCCCAAAAACAAGAGGUAUACUCACAGGAUGCAACUAAUAGUCGCCAACAGGAAACACGAUCUUCGCUACAUAACACUGCCACCAAGCAAGGGCAAAGACCCCAGCUACCGACAGUGUCCUCUGAAACGGAAACUUGCUUCCAGAUCUUGUCUAACGACUUUAGAGGAGAGGAGACGACCCACAGGAACUCUGCCAUUUCGCCAGUCCUUCCCCCUCUGCCCCCAGAACUCGUUCACCAACCAAACUCGUCUUUAGACACCCUACACGUUGCUCCUUCUGAGGCCGAUUUAGAUGUAACUUCUGUUUAUAUACUGUCCCUGGACUUGACUGUAAAUUGUGAAGAGCUUAGUGUAAAUGGAUUGAGGGUAGAAAGCUCUGCAAAUAAUAAAUCGGAUGAUCUUGGCUUUUCUGAGAGUAACAUAGAUUACGAAGAAGAGACAUUAAAACAAGAUGAGACAGCCUCUCUUCUAGACAACAAGUCUCAUGGAAGCACUGAAGCAGCUACAGAAAACACUGGGUCUGGUCCACGCUCAUUGUCUGCCAGCAGCAGCAGUGUACGAUUUGAUGAAAAGUAUUACGAGAAAGAUAAUUUUGACUCCCCAGAGGAUGGGACUAAUAGUCACAUUAGUGAAGGGAACAUGACCCUUGAUUCCGACCUUCGCACUAUAUUAGAGUGUCAGCCUGAUGACACUCUCUGCAAAAAAUUAAUUACCGCAACACCUACAAUAAACGAGGAUGACGAAAAUGAUUUUAUAGAAAUUGACUGCGACGUGAAGCCUAUGGAGACACUAAAGCGGCCACUGGUAUACGGCUACGGCAGCAGCCCCGUCAGGUCUCUCCGAGGGCCCACUUUUCUGGAGAAAAGACUUUCACAAGCCUCAGACGUUUCAGAUUAUCUGGAGAUUGAUUUGCUUGAAUCUCUCCUUAACAGGGAAGUUCGUAACGAAGGAUCCCACUACAAUGAGAGUUGUAUGGAUUUCAAGGAGACAUAUUGGGACCACUGGCAGGCGAAGAAUGAGGCUGAAGAAAGGCUAAUAAACAAAAGCAGAAUGACUGACAACCCAGUAAACAAUCAUCAUUCAAGACUUCCUAAUUGCCCGUCUUCAAGGUUUUGUUAUGACCCCGAGGUGCUGCUGGCGCAGGUUAGGUGUCCCAAGUCACUGGAAGACGCGACUUUCAAGCAGUACUCUGCUUACGUCAAGUCUCACAUUUAUGAUCAUUUUGGGAAUAUCCAGGAGAGUCUAAAGAAAUACGGAUUGCCUUAUCGUAGAUCAGACUGGAUUUCCAGUCAACCUGAAUUUCCAGAUUUUCCAAGAAACUGUCAUGAUCAUGAUACGCUUCCUCUGGAUUACUCCAGUGAACCUGAGCUUUCUAACAGCGUGAAAAAACGGCAACCUUGGGCAGAAUCGGCUCAAAGUAACCCUCAACAUUCUCCCUCCCUGCGACCUGCACCCCUCUCUAGCAGAGACGCUUCCAUGGACUCCGGCACCUGGACCUACACGAACUCUGAGGAGUCCACGGUAGUACCAUCACCCCUCAGCCGCCACAUGCCACCCCUUCCCCGCUCUACCUCCUCCCUCAGUCACGUGGGCCCUGGAGUUUUCAACCCCUGGCACCACCUCCUGCCCGACGUCACCCCACCCAGGACGCCGCGACACAGUAUGUACUACACCUCAUCCUCUCCGUGUGAAUCUCGACCUGGCUCGCCCACCCCGUCCCGCUGUUCCAACACUUCCAGGAAGUCGGUUUGUGAACCCAUCGCACCACACGACCUCAAGUGGGAGUCUGCCCCUCGGCCAGACCUCAAGUGGAAGCCCUCUCCAGCUCCUGCUCCCCCUCAAACGCCCUCCAAGAAGUCAUUCCUACCCAACUUUUCAGCGGUGAUGAGAUCACCUCUGAGGAAGCACAAUAUGAAAAUAAAAAACACCAAGGAAGAAGGAAUGAGGCGAGCAGGAGAACCAGUCCAGGUAAACACCGACACUGCUCAGCUCACCACAAGGCCGAGAGAUAAAUCUUCCCCGCACACAUUUAUCCAGAACCGACGACUCACAGGUUUAUCCUCAAAGUCUUCGUCAUCGUCUUCGUCAUCGUCGUCGGCGUCGAGUAAGGACAGUGUGACGACGGUGAUCUCGGCGCCGCCGCGGAGUAAAGGACCCAACUGGUUAAUGAAGCAUUUCGGCAGCAACAAGAACAGGAACUCAGCGGCUGUUUGAGUUAAUGGGGCAGAGUUCCACGGCUCUUUGAGUGAGGGUACGGGGGUCCGUAAUAAAUGUUUGAGUGAUGGAGCUGAAAUUCCACGGCUGAGUGACAGUACGGGUUUUAGACAUCUUUAUGAGUAACGGUGUCGCCAAGGUUUUACGGCAGUUGCAGUAACUGGGCGAGGGUUAAACAAAUGUUCGAGAAACAGGUCGAGAGUCUGUCUGCUGUUUAAAAUUGACGGAAAAGUAGUUCCCUGGCUGUUUGAGUGACAGGGAGAGGGUUUACCGGCUGUUUAAGUGACGGGACGGGAGUUCCCUGACUUAGUGACAGGACACUCAUAAUAAAAGCCCUCCACUAAAAAAAAACAAAAAUCUGUCUUAGUCUACAUAUGGCUGAAUAGAUAAACUAUGGCUAUUACCUGUCUGUCCAGAGAUUCAUCUGUCAAUCCUCUUCAACGCCGCGUAGGGACGUUGAUCUAUUAACUGUCUAUUUAUGUAUUCAUCUAUUUAACCUAGUCUGUUGUCGUAAACGAGGUGGAGAAUGUACAUAUGCUGUUGCUAUCACGGUGGCCAUGACAGGUGUUUAUUAUCGUCUUGCAGGUAUCAGAUACAAAAUCUUCCAAGUCACGUGAAACAAGCGUUGGUAACCAACGGGUGAUAAUGCGACAUGUGUUUAAGGCAUUUUUGCAGGUGCUGGGUAGGACAAUAGUGCCACCUUGCAGGUGUUGAAAAUUUUGUGUUCGAGUCCCAGAAGGAAGAGGCUCGACAUAUGUUUUUAAUAACUUCAAAAUACGUGUCGUCUUGGAAAGGGUAACUUAUGAAGUGUGGCGCCCUCGAAAUGUAAAUGACGACAGUUGUGUUAUUAGCUUAGAUUAAUCAGUAAUUAUAGGCGAGAUGCAGUGUAGAAUUAUAAGAAUAACUACAAGUUAUAGCAGAUGCUGUUUUCUCGAUGUGACGUCACCAAAAAAACGCGUAUAUGCGGCGGUGACGUUAUAAGGAGUGAGGGAAGGGUUUUGGGUGCAGUAGACCUCCAGUAGUGUACAGUAGGCCUACAAUAGAUGCGGUAGGUCUACUGAAGUGUUAUGUAUAAGACUAUAAUAAAGAUGUAAGGAGGCCUACAGUACAGGGUGUAACAGACCCAAAAUAUUUGAUCAAAUAUAACUACAAUAAAUAGUCGGUAUACAAUAAUGCAGGCCUAAAGUGCAAUGCAGUAGGCCUACAGUUACAGUAUAUAAUGCAAUAGGCUUACAGUACAAUGCAGCUGACCUAAAGCAAGAUGCAGAGCUACAGAAGAGUACAGUAGACCUACAGUAGUUCCGUAGGCCUUCAGUAUAGUGCAAUAGGCCUACAGUAGUUCCGUAGGCCUUCAGU